GCCGCUACCCCGGCUGCGAGCGAGCGAGCGAGCGAGGGAAGUCUCGGGGACCGGGUUCAUGCCGGGCGGGGAGAGCAGGAGCCCGGCCAGGAAUGGGCACGGAGCCGGCCGAGUCAGAUUGUAGCUAAGAAGUGAGCAGGAUGCCCCCGGGCAUCUAUUGCCCUGUUGAAUUCUGGUCCAAGGAGGAAAACCAAACCAUCCAGGUGGACUUCCUGCUACCUACAGGCAUAUACCUGAACCUCUCUGUAUCCUGCAAUGCCAGCUUGGGCACCAUCAAACAGGUGGUCUGGCGUCACGCACAGUAUGAGCCGUUGUAUCACAUGCUCAAUGACCCCGAAGCAUACGUCUUCACGUGUAUCAACCAGACGGCCGAGCAGCAGGAGCUGGAGGAUGAGCAGCGGCGCCUCUGUGACAUCCAGCCCUUCCUGCCUGUCCUUCGGCUGGUGGCUCGUGAAGGUGACCGCGUCAAGAAGCUGAUUAACUCCCAGAUCAGCCUGCUCAUUGGGAAAGGUUUGCAUGAGUUUGACUCGGUGCGCGACCCGGAGGUGAACGAUUUCCGUGCAAAAAUGCGACAGUUCUGUGAAGAGAAGGCGGCGAAGCGGCAGCAGCUGAGUUGGAUGGCCUGGAUGGAGUACAACUUUCCCUUGCAACUGGAGCCCUUGGCCAAAGGCCCCAGGACCGGCCCCCUUCGUGUCCCCAACAAGAACAUCUUUGUCAACGUCAAGUUUGAGUCUGGCGGGGAGAGCUUCACCUUCCAAGUCUCCCCCAAGGAAUUCCCUGUCAUGUUAAUGAGCUAUGCCAUCAAGAAGCAAGCUACCGUCUUCCGCCACCAGACAGUGGAGAGCCCUGAGGAUUAUACUCUGCAGGUGAAAGGGAAAUGUGAAUAUCUCUACGGGAACUACCCCCUGUACCAGUUCCAGUACAUCCGCAGCUGCCUGCACCAUGGCCUGAUGCCCCACCUGACGAUGGUACACUGCUCCUCCAUCAUUGCUAUGCGAGACGAGCAGAUCAACUGCACCGCCCACACCCCGAAGAUGGUUUCCAAGCCUCCCCCGCUCCCCAAGAAAAAGCCAACUCACGAGUCUCUCUGGUCCCUUAAUCAGCCUUUUUACAUUGAACUGGUGCAAGGCAGUAAGGUGAAUGCAGAUGAGAGGAUGAAGUUGGUGGUGCAGGCAGGCCUUUACCAUGGCAAUGAGAUGCUCUGCAAGAUGGUGUCGAGCGCCGAGGUGAAUGUGUGUUCGGAGCCGGUGUGGAAACAGAGGCUGGAUUUUGACAUUAGCAUCUGCGACCUGCCCCGCAUGGCGCGGCUCUGCUUCGCCCUCUACGCUGUCAUCGAGAAGGCCAAGAAGGCACGAUCCACCAAGAAAAAAUCCAAGAAAGCUGACUGCCCAAUAGCCUGGGUGAACGUCAUGCUCUUUGACUACAAGGACCAGCUGAAAACAGGAGAGUGCUGCCUGCACAUGUGGUCGUCAUUUCCAGAUGAGAAAGGGGAGCUGUUGAACCCCAUGGGCACAGUCCAGAGCAACCCCAACACAGAGAGCGCAGCAGCCCUGGUCAUCUGCUUCCCCAGCGGCAUACCCCAUCCUGUGUAUUACCCAUCCUUCGAGCAGCUGUUGGAGUUGGGGAGGAACGGAGACUACACCCGUGCCACUCCAGAGGAUCCAGAGGAGAAGCAGCAGCUGAGGGAGAUCCUGGAGCGGAGGAGCCACACCGAACUCUACGAGCAUGAGAAGGACCUGGUGUGGAAGAUGAGGUUCGAGAUCCGGGACCAGUACCCAGAGGCCUUGGCAAAGCUCCUCAUCAUCACCAAGUGGAACAAACAUGAGGAUGUUGCCCAGAUGAUCUCCCUACUCCAGUCCUGGCCGGAGCUGCCUGUCCUGAAUGCCCUGGAGCUGCUGGAUUUUAGCUUCCCUGAUCGCUAUGUUGGUUCCUUCACUAUCAACUCAUUAAAAAAGCUGACAGAUGACGAAUUGUUCCAGUAUCUGCUGCAGCUCGUCCAGGUGCUCAAGUAUGAAUCCUACUUAGACUGUGAAUUAACCAAGUUCCUUCUGGACAGAGCUUUAGCCAAUCGCAAAAUAGGACACUUUCUGUUUUGGCAUCUCAGGUCAGAGAUGCACGUCCCUGCAGUCGCCCUCCGGUUUGGCCUGAUUUUGGAGGCCUAUUGCAGAGGCAGCAACUACCAUAUGAAAGUUCUAAUGAAGCAGGGGGAAGCACUUAAUAAAAUGAAAGCCUUGAAUGACUUCAUUAAAGUGAGCUCUCAGAAGGCCACCAAACCACAAGCCAAGGAGAUGAUGCAUGUGUGCAUGAAGCAGGAGACCUAUCUUGAGGCACUUUCCAAUCUCCAGUGCCCCCUGAACCCCACCGUUAUUCUUGCUGAAGUUUGUGUGGAUCACUGCACUUUUAUGGACUCCAAGAUGAAGCCGUUGUGGAUUGUGUUUAAUAACGAAGAAGCAGGUGGAAGGGGAGUGGGCAUCAUUUUCAAAAAUGGAGAUGAUCUCCGUCAGGACAUGCUGACUCUGCAGAUGAUCCAGCUGAUGGACGUACUGUGGAAGCAGGAGGGUUUGGACCUGAGGAUGACCCCUUACGGCUGCCUCUCCACCGGCGACAAGACGGGGCUGAUCGAAGUCGUCAUGCACUCGGACACCAUUGCCAACAUCCAGCUGAACAAGAGCAACAUGGCAGCCACUGCAGCUUUCAACAAGGAUGCGCUGCUGAACUGGCUAAAAUCCAAGAACCCAGGUGAAGCACUAGAACAAGCCAUCGAGGAAUUCACUCUUUCCUGCGCUGGGUACUGUGUGGCAACGUACGUGCUGGGCAUAGGGGACCGGCACAGCGACAACAUCAUGAUCCGGGAAACUGGCCAGCUGUUUCAUAUUGAUUUUGGCCACUUCUUGGGGAACUUCAAGACCAAAUUUGGUAUUAACAGAGAACGGGUUCCUUUUAUCUUAACCUAUGACUUUGUGCAUGUGAUCCAGCAAGGGAAAACUAACAACAGUGAGAAGUUUGAAAGAUUCAGGGAUUACUGUGAAAAAGCCUACAUGAUCCUGAGGUGCCAUGGUCUUCUCUUCCUGCAUUUGUUUGCACUGAUGAAAGCUGCUGGCCUGCCAGAACUCAGCUGCUCUAAAGACAUUCAGUAUCUCAAGGAUUCUCUAGCUUUAGGAAAAACAGAUGAGGAGGCAUUGAAGCACUUCAGACUAAAAUUUAAUGAAGCCCUGCGAGAGAGCUGGAAAACCAAAGUGAACUGGUUGGCGCACAAUGUAUCCAAAGAUAAUAGACAGUAAUCAGCCUGCAUGUGGUCCAGGUGCUCUAGGAGAAUGUAAUAGCAGUGGCCACGAGCCAGUUGUAUAAAGACUCCUGAAUGUUGCUGAUCAGCACCUGCACCUCAAGUGUUUGAGAAGAGUCUACAGCACCAACAGCUGCAUAAGCCCAUUCUAAAUCUCUAGGGUGACAGCAUGAGGCAAUAAGAUUACUGGGUACACUGAAAGGUAGGUGAAGCUUGCAAAUGUAAGUUCUUAAGGAUGCAGUCCAUCGUUUAAGGGUAGAGGGGAGGCAGUUGUGCUACUUCAGUACAUUCCUCACCUACUGCUCAGUUUUAGGGAUGUGAAGGUGUGCUCAGAGGCUGUAAUUUGGCCAGUAGCAUAUCAACUUUUUAAAGCCAGACUAGAUUAGCACUAGCAGUGAACAAUGGAGAGACAAUAGCAUGGUGGUGCAUCUAAUAACUUCAGUCCCUCUCUACAUAAAGUGGAAGGUGCUGCUGGGCAAUACUUUUUCUAGUUGAAGAUUUCACCAGCUUACCCCCACCCCUUCAGGGAUGUAUUUUAAUAAAGCAGCACAAGAUGGUAUACCUGUUUUGAGACAGUCAGAAGAUAAUGCUACUAAGCUCUCUCUCUAUAUAUAUAAACAAACUACAGGAACUCCUCACUUAGCAUUGUAGUUAUGGUCCUGAAAAAUGCAACUUUAAGCAAAUCCAAUUUCCUCAUAAGGAUUGAUGUAAAUGAGGGGGUUAAGUUCCAGGGAAAUUUUUUUCACCAAACAAUUUAAUACUGGUACACAGUGAUGAUGAUUGUGAAGCUUGGUUGAGGUGGAGGAAUGUCUUACUGCUAAAUGAACUGAGCCCUCAAGGGUUAACUCUCACAACACUCUACAAGGCAGCAGGAAAGGAGGGAGGGUAGACAGAAAAAAUGCACAUUUCUCCUUUAAGUACCUGACCCUAGGCUUAAGUACACUGCCUUGUUAAUUAAAUCAGCUUGCCGACAGCAGCUACUGCCUAGAAGCUCCCUCCCUCGUUUGCCCCCCUGCUCUAUGGAAGAUAGGGAGACACCCCAACAUUAGAGCCCUUCUUCCCCCAUACAGCAAGCAGGAGUCUCUGGGAGCAGCACAUGGCAGUGGGGGGAGGGACAGCUGCUGCACAGGGAAUUUAAGGGAGCUGAUGGUCCACGCUGGUUCCAACCAGCUAGCUGUAACAGGCUGCUCUUCCUGCAAGCAGCGGGAAAAAACAGGCAGCUGCCAAACGAGUUAGAAGGGAGCAUUUCACAACUUUAAACGAGCUAACUGCUCAGCAACUUACUUAAAGUCCUGUUUCAAUGUUGAGGACUUCCUGUACUCAGUAGUUGAAGGAUCACCAUAGACCACCUUCUGCCUGUCAAUGUUAAGUAGCCUGGCUUGUUGACAAAGGAGAGAAGAAGUGUGGUGCCAUUAGGGUGACCGGACAGGGAGUUGGGGGGGGGGUGGAGAGGGUGUUAUAGGAGCCUAUAUAAGAAAAAGACCCAAAAAUUGGGACUGUCACUAUAAAAAUCGGGACAUCUGGCCACCCUAGGUGCCACCUCACAUGCUAAAGGCAGAAGAUUCACUGUCAAUAUACAGGGUGAUUGGUAGUGGAGAGAGCCUGGAAAGUUGCACCUUCAGUUUAUGCUGUGAUACAAUAUUUUUGUUUACAUUAGCUCAGACCCUGCUCUAGUUUUGUAAGGGGAUGAAGCAGCACAUUAGUUGCAUCUAUUUUGUUUUUAAGAGUGCAAUAGAUAACAGGUGUACCCCACACCCAACAAGCAGGCAGUAAAGUGCUGAUUGCCAUGACCCCAUUGUAGACUGGUUAGGCAGAAUUCUCCUUAUCUGUAAUGAAUAAAAAUAAUUUAGUUUUUCCCCCCUUAGGUCAGUAGUGGAAUAACUACAAAAUUGUUACCAUCUUGUAUAGCAAAAUCAUAGGCUAUAUCUGGUUAGCAAAGAUCCAGGCUCUCCAAAGUUAAAGCAAACAUUGUAUCUAACAUCAUAAUUUCAGCCUCUUUCAAAUGAAGAUUACCACCAUUUGUAAAUAAGUCCCAGACACAAGUUACAUCCUUUUUAAAGUGAUAAAAUAACCUUUUACUUUGAUAUUUAUUUAUUUAGAGAGGUAUUCAUGAUUUCUUAUUGUGUAUGUGCCCUCUGAAAAAAAUGAAUUUAUUUUUUUAAGCCAUGUCAGGGUUCUGCAACAAGAGAAUGUUUACAUAAUGUUUGAUUUUUUCAGUUACCUUCAAUCUGUGAUUUUAGGUGCAUUUUGGUAAGUCUAAAAAUAAAAUGUUUAAGUUGUACACUA